AUGGAUGGGCUCGGGAACUCUGCGCUGAACGCCUCAGAAGCGGUGAUGAAGAGGCCCAGGAGCGUCGCGUCCAGGAGGCCGAGGCCCAAGGAGCAGCUCGCUUCCGAGUACAAGGACAUAUCGUGCGCGCCGUCGCGGAGCAUUUCCCCGGAAGAUGAGGCAGCUGCCGAGGCCAGCGGGCACCGGCGCAAGGAGCUGUACCUCAACGGGCCUGAAGGUAGGGGCUCCACCCACCAUAGGAAUGCCCUGUCCAAGAAGAUAAAGAAAGAGGAGGGAUCUGCAGGGGAUAUUGAUAUUGGCCACAAUCGGAGCAGCAAGCCCAAUGAUGCCAAGCAUAUUACUCAUGGUGUUCUUGCACUGGCCUCCUCAAGAAACCCUGGAUCGACUGAUGCCUCGCAGUUGUCCUCAAGGGACACCCCUGUGCCAGUGGAAAAUAGGGUGAGAAAAGUUAAGCUCAAGGUUAGCGGACUUAACCGAAUCAUACCGAAACAAGAGCCUGUUGACGUUGGCAUGCCUGGCACAUCGGAUGUCUCUUUCCAUCGCCAAAAGCAGAAGGAUUCUGGUGAGCAGAAACAUCACAGCACAAGAAAGGAUAGUCAUGGUAAUCAAGUUGAUGGAAAACGUGGAGAUAAGCAUGACAUUUCACCAUCUUCUGACCUGGUUCGCAAAAGCAAAAGGGUCCCUAAGAAGCGAACUCUUGAUUCUGAUGAUGAAGAUGAUGAAUUACGUUAUCUUGAGAAACUUAAAGCGGCUAAAGCGGCACCAGAACAGCCCAUGGCUACUGACCAGCCUCUAGCUUAUGGUUAUGGUGAGGAUGGUCUCAGGAAAAAGAAGCUAUCCAAGGUUUCUAAAAAUAAGAGCACUCCUUAUGAAGUGGACAACGACUUCACUAUGUCACAAUUUAGCAGAGAUGUUAGGAAGAAGGUGAAACUGGAGGAUACCAGUGAUUUUCUUGUAGAGGAGGAAUUUGGGUUGGAUGAGUCUGAUAGAUUAAUUGAAGCUGAUUCACCUUUGGGUGUAAAGAUUGAAGCUCCUGGCCUAACAACAAGGCAGCGAGCCCUCCAAGGCAGGGGUGGCCAUGGUGAAAGCAUGAUUGAAUUUCCCGACGGGUUACCAGCUGCUCCAUCAUCUAGAAGGCAAAAGGAUAAGCUUUCAGAUGUGGAGAUACAAGCCAAGAAAGCAGAAGUGGCUCAGAGGCGUAAGAUGCAAGUAGAGAAGGCAGAGAGAGAGCAACAGGCUGAAGCAAUGAGGAAAAUAUUGGGGAUUGACACAGAGAAGAAGAAGGAAGAGAGGAAGCAGAAAGAACGUGAAGACAAGGAAAAGCAAGCAAAAUUCGAGGAAUAUAAAAGAAGCUGCAUCCAGUGCGUAAUGCGACCAGAAGGAACAAUUGUUACAUUCCCUGAUACCAUGGGCCUUCCUAGCAUAUUUAACUCUAAACCUGUCAGUUACCCACCUCCAAGAGAGAAGUGCGCAGGCCCCUCAUGCCCCAACCCUUACAAGUACCGUGACUCCAAGACGAAGCUUCCCCUCUGCAGCCUGGAGUGCUACAAGGCCGUCCAGGGAGGUGGUGGGACGAUGGCGUGCUGA